CGGGCGGGGCAGGUCCCGGAAGCGGAAGCGCGGUGCACUUCCGGCGCGCAGCGGGCGGCCAUGUUGGAGCGGCGGAGGCGGCGCAGAGGUGCGUCCUGGGUCCCCGCGGCGGCGCCGGUGCCAAGUACUGGUUUGCGGAUCCGCAGGCAGAUCCGCAGUGCCUGAUGCCAUGAGCAUGGUAGUGCAGCAUGUGGAGGAGAAAGCUGUGCACUCCUGGUCACGCAUCUCCACAGCAGGGAAGAAAGCCCUGGAAGAGGCGCUGCUGGUGUUUAACCCCAUGAGCCAGGAUCUCAGUGCCACAGAGGCCCAGCUUGUGGCCUUCCUCCAGGGCCUGCGAGAGGAUGGCUUCCAGCCGACCAUUCUGCGAAGUGGUGAUGUCUAUGGCUAUAGCUCGUGCACAGCCAGCCCCCCCAGCCAGACAAAGCAACAAGCUCGCUCCACCAACCUAUCCGCCGCAUCACUUCCGGCCAGGGCUCCCCAAACUGCUGUGUCCUUGCCUGUGAGAAAGGACACACUGCUCCCUGUUCCACUGUCUGGCAGGCUGGCCAAGGGGUCCACACCAGCCCUUGCCAAGCAUGCGACCACUAACCUGCUGCUGAGCUCCCUGAAGGAGUCAAAUGCCAGCCACAGCAGCGGCACAACAGUAGGCUUCCCUGCCCACCUCUAUCCGGGGGUCUACCCUGCCAUGCAGCUCUCUGUGGUCCUGGAAGCACUGGUCCCACUCAAGACUCCUUGCUUGGGUGCUAAGCACGGGCCGCAGUCACUGCAGCUGACCCUUGCAAACUCUUCCCUGAAACUGAGGAAAGGUUCCGGGAGCCCGCAGUCCAAAGCAUCCAGAAAAAUCUCAAGCAAGGGCCCCAAAUGCCUGAGUAGGAAAGGUCCCGGGGCUGACCGACGAGGUGCUGGGACCCAGAGCAGUGGCAUACGCGUGAAAGGGUCUUCCUCUUUGGGCACCAAAACAGUCCAGACCAAGGCAUCUCGAACACAGACCAAAGCUGCUCAUGCAACCCAGAACAAGACAGUGAGGGUGAGGGCCAAGGCGACAAAGGCCAAGCCCAGGGCAGCCGGAGCCAAAGCCAAGGCCACUGUAGUGAGGGACAAGGCUAAAGCCAAGGCAGUCAAGGCCAAGGCCAAGGCGUCUCGGACCAAGCACAAGGGAAGGCCAAAGGAAUCUGUCAAGACCAGACCUGGAAGGACAAGCCUGAAGAGUCGCUCUGAGGCUGUGGGGAAGAAGAGGAAGAAGGCUGAGGAGGCAAAGGGCCUUCCUCCUAAGAAGAGAGCUCGCCUUGUGCUCCGAUCCCCUAAGGCAUGGCUGGGGCCUGGGACAAAGCCGUGCAAGUCCCAGACUAUAAAGGUGGACAGGAAAUCUUCCGAUGAUGAGGUCCGACAGUGGGCCCAGCAGAUCCUCCGUGUCAACCUCUCUCCGGUAGUGUGGCUCCAGCCACUGCUACCGUCUUGACUCCGCACUCGGCAUCCCGAGUCGUCCUUGCAUCACGGCUUGGGCAAACAGCUGAGCUCUCCGUGUGACCAGCAGCAGUGUGCCGUGCUCGUGGGCGCUGCAGCUUUCCGGACUCUGGGUACCUCCAGGUACCUCAGGACUCUGGGUCACCAACCUCCUUUCAGAAACUGAGGAUUUGGGGUGGGUGGGGAGCGGGAGGGUGUCCUCAUGGCUCAGUGCACUGUGACUUGUUCUUUAAGUUGUACGUCUGAUGUUCCAUCUAUCAUGUUUUAUACCUUUCCACCUUGCAGUCUCCCUGCUCGCCCUCCAUGGUCUUAUUUAUUGAAUGAUUUUGGUGUGUGGGGGCUGCUGGCAGGAGCCUGCUAGGAGUAGCCCUGGUGGCUUGAAGCAGGCCAUCAAUGUGAAUGAUAGGGUGAUGUUAUGGAAGGGCAAAGCUCCCAGGCUUCUGAAGAGAUGUGGGGAAAUUCUGGCUUCUGUAGAUGUGUGAGAGAGAUCCUGAGGGAUGGGCAGAGCCGCUAUAAAGUAGGACACCUCACCUCGAGUGUCCCAGUUCUGAACCAGAGGGACCCCAUUCAAGAUUGUGAGUCACUCUGGGAAAUCCUGCAGCUCACAGGUUUUUAGGCCAGGGAAAGAAGCCUUUGUGGUACUGCUCUCUCGGGGCCAAGCUUUAAGGCUUUGCCUGGGCUUGUCUAGUGGGAGGGAACAGGCUUAAGAGGCUUGAAGUGCUGCCUCUCUGCUGAAAGUGACCAGCCUCGAUUUUCCCGAGAGGCUGGGCUUUGGAUCUGGACGACAAAACCAGCCCUUACUGUCCAAAGAAUGUUCUCUCUGGUAACUAGUGGUGGGUCUAGGGAGACUUCUACCGGUACUCAGCAGUGCUUUCUGACUGGGCUCCACAUGCUCCAUCUGACUCAGGGGUCCAGCCUCACUGUGUCUCCUCACAUGACCUGUGUGCUUUGGACAUUGUUGGUACCUUCUGCUUUGGAGAAGAGCUGGGUCCUGAGUGGAAGCAGCUGCUGUGCCCAUCUGUAGUUCACCGGUGGCCACUCAGGCUGCAAGGUAGUAGUGGGUGGCUAGGAGGUAGGGGACCUGCAGCCCCUACACCUGGGAAUUUGAGUGUGAGUUUGAGGUCAGCAUCAACUACAUACUGAGGAAACACCACCACCGCCGCCACCCUCUCUCUCUAUCUCUUUGUUUUUGUUUUUUGAGAUAGGCUUUCUCUGUAUAGCCCUGGCUGUCCUAGAACUAACUCCUUUUGUAGAUCAUUAUCAUGCUGGCCUCAAACUCAGAGGUCCACCUGCUGGGAAUAAAGGUGUGUGCCACCAGACCAAGCCAGGGGACUAGAGGAGAGAUGAGAUGGCUUGCUGGUUAAGAGGAUUUAAUUGCUCUGCCAGAGGACCCAAGUUUGGUUCCCACAAGGCAGCUCACAAACACUUGUGUCCAGCUUCCGGGGAUCCCACACUUUUCUUGCUUUCACAGUCACAGGCAGAAAGACACAACUUUUUAUUUAUUUUUUAAUGGCACAAAUGGAUAAAGCGUCAGUUCUUUGGGAAAAGGCUAUCUUGGGAAUUUUGAGCUUUAGUGAUGUUGAUAAGCAAAGGAAUGGUGUGAAACCCCUUAAAUAAAAACUCACUGGCUGGGCUGGAGAGAUGCCUCAGA